AUCCCAUCUACCGGCGUUCCUCGAUUCUCCGUCGUCCCUCCGCUGCCGUCGCAACCACAACCGUCUGCCUCCUCUAUAGCUCUCGAUUCAUUUGUUUGAAUCCAUACUUUGAGAUAUACAGGGCAUAAUGUGACCCAGAUAAUGCUGUGUACAGAUUUCCUUGAUACUGUGAACCAUUGUGAUUAUUAGAGCAGCCUAGCAAACAUGUAUUAGAGUCUUGUUACGUGUGGGAGAAGCUUAGAACAUGGCAUCUUCAGAUGACGAGGGAGAGACCUUGCCAGAUGCCGUCUCCGACUACUAUUUUUGUGACGGAGACGACGAACCCCUUUCAUUUGUCAAGUUACCUGUGCAAUGGAAUGAGAAUGAGAGAUCAAUCUCUGAUGCUCAACCCAUUUUUUUGAGUGGCACUGCUGAUAAUGGUCUACAAAAAUUAUACAAGCAGGUCAAAGCAUGGAAGUUUGACUUCUCAAAAGAUAAUCCUGAGAUUUCAGUGUGUUACAAAGAUAGCCAUUGGUUCAAGCUUCAAAAGCCCAGGAAGAGUUAUGAAAAAGAGAUUAGGACAAUUUUGAUCACUGUGCAGUGCCUAUACUUCUUUAAAAGCGAACCAGAAGCAUCAGGGAAAGCUUUAUGGGAUCACCUCUCUAAAGUUUUCAGAUUGUAUGAUGUCAGGCCUUCGGAGAAUGAUUUGGUAGAUCAUAUGAACUUCAUUAAAGAAGUUGUAAAACGGGAUGAAAUGUUGGCACGAUCAAAGUUUUUAGCUGCGUUUUUGGAGAAUCCCAGAAAGAGGAAAGAUCCCGAUGAGAAUGCUGAAAUUGCUACAAAGCCCAGUUUUAUAGUUGAUGAUAUGAAUGACGAUGAACCCCAAGAUGAUGACUUCAUCGCAAAACAGACUGAAGAUAGCGAGUCCGAUGAGGAGGAUGAUCAUUUCGAUUCAGUUUGUGCAAUAUGCGAUAAUGGUGGUCAACUUACCUGUUGUGAAGGGAAAUGUUUUAGGUCAUUCCAUGCAACUAAAGAUAUUGAGGAGGCAGAAGAGUCCAAUUGCCAAUCUCUUAAUAUACCACCUGAAUUUGUGAAGGGAUCACAACCUUUUCGUUGCGAGAAUUGUUUGUAUAGUCUACACCAGUGUUUUGUUUGUGGUGAACUAGGGUCUUCUGACAAAUCUUCGGUUGCAGAGGUUUUUCGUUGUAGUUCUGCAACUUGUGGCCAUUUUUAUCACCCACGAUGUGUAGCAAAGCUACUCCAGCAAGAUGAUGAAGCUGAGCCACAGGAUCUGGAAAAAAAGAUUGCUGUGGGGGAACCGUUCAUAUGUCCUUCCCACAGAUGUGUUGUCUGUAAGCAAACAGAAAAUGAGAAGGUGAAAGACUUGCAAUUUGCUGUUUGCAGGCGAUGUCCAACAUCAUACCACAGGAAAUGUUUACCGAGGGAGAUCCUGUUUGAUCAUCAAAUUGACGAUGACGGUGACGAUGAUAAUGAUGACAUACCCAGGGCUUGGGAUGAUCUUUUGCCUAAAUCCCGUGCAUUGAUAUAUUGCUUACAACAUGAAAUCGACGGGGAAAUUGGCACUCCUGCUAGAAACUUGAAAUUUCAAGAUAUUUUAAAAAACAAGACAGACCAACGAUCCAAAAAGAAGAAAGUUGCAGUCACGGAGGCCGGUACAGAUUCAGAAAUCACAUUCAAGAAGACGUCUAUUCAGAAGUCAAAGAAAGGCAUCAUGAAAUCUUCUGCUGUUAAACCGGAAAAUUCUUCGAAAAAGAGAGCGAACGUUUCAUCUGGUCCGGAAUCCUUGAAGAAAAAGAAAAUAGUGGAUACCAAUAGAAGCUCUUUGAGGAGGACAUCAUCAACAAAAGUUAAGACACCGAGCUCGAAUGAUAACCAACCAUCCUUGGGUAGUAGAUUGUAUGAGUAUAUGCAGAAAGGGACAGAAUCAAACGAGUUGGAGAAGGAUGACCCUUCUGUUGUUGACGAUAAGCACACCAUGGCAGCCAAAGCUUUACAGAAGGAAAUUUUACCUCCUUUAGAUGCUGAUUCAAGACUGAGAAUUUUGGCAUUAAUGAAAGAUGCUGCUUCCUCUAUAACAUUGGAUGAGGUAAAGAAGUACCACAAAGGAAAAGUACCAUCUACACAUGCACAUUCAUCAAGAGUGGACAAAUCCAUCAUCUUGGCCAGGGUGGAAGGUUCCGUGGAGGCUCUUCAUGUAGCUUUGCAAAAAAUUGAAAAAGGAUGCAGUAUUGAGGAUGCAAUGGCUGUCUGUGAGCCUGGGGUCCUUGGCCAGAUAUCCAGGUGGAAGGAAAAGCUCAAGGUGUACCUUGCACCAUUUCUGCAUGGAAUGCGGUAUACAUCCUUCGGUCGCCAUUUUACGAAAGUGGAAAAACUCGAGAAGGUGCUUCUUGUUGGUGAUCUACUUAUUAUUGACAAGCUUCAGUGGUAUGUUGAAGAUGGUGACACGGUGGUUGAUUUUUGUUGUGGGGCAAAUGACUUCAGUUGCCUUAUAAAGAAGCGGCUUGAUGAAAUGGGUAAAAGGAGGUGCUCAUACAAAAACUAUGAUAUUACUCGACCCAAGAAUGAUUUCAACUUCGAGAAGAGGGAUUGGAUGACAGUUGCUCCAAAGGAAUUGCCUCGUGGGUCUCGAUUGAUCAUGGGAAUAAACCCUCCGUUUGGAAAAAGUGCUUCUCUUGCAAACCAAUUUAUAGAGAAGGCGCUUCGCUUUAAGCCUAAGAUUCUUAUUCUUAUCGUUCCCCCAGGAAGUGAAAGGUUAGAUAGUGAACAGCAGAAAAUUCCAUAUGAUCUGAUCUGGGAGGAUGUUAAAUUGUUAGCUGGGAAGUCGUUUUAUCUUCCUGGAUCGGUGGAUACAAACGACAAGCAAAUGGAUCAAUGGAACAACACUCCUCCGCCACUAUACCUUUGGAGUCGCGCGGAUUGGACUAGCAAACAUUUAGCUAUCGCUCAUCAGCAUGGCCAUAUAUCCGGAGUACAAGAUGAUGACAAUCUCGGUCUUUCAAAUGAAAACAAAGGAAUAGGAGUUGGUCUUCCCGUCCCCCUCGAUGAUCUUCCCGUUACAAACAAAGUUUCUGAACAAACGACAGAUAAACCAAAAACCGACAUGAAGAAAGGUAAAAAAGAAAGCCCAUCGCAUUAUGACGAUGGAACGGAAACUAAAAGGAAGCAGAUCGUCAAGGAGAAAACUAAUCAGAAUUCUAGCAAGAGAAACGAUCAUAAUCAAGAAUUCAAAAGGGCGAAACACGAUGAUAAGCGUUCUCCAGAUCUUUCUCGUCAAGAUCAUGCUCCAAAGCACGAAGAUAGGUGUUCCCCGGCUCCUCCCUCUCUAGAUCAAGCUCAGAAACAUGACGAUAAGCUUUCUCUGGCUCCUCCUCAUCAAGAUGAAGGUCAGAAGCACGACAAAAAGCGUUAUCGGGAUCCUUCCUAUCAAGAUGAAGCCCAGAAGCACGAAGAUAAGCAUUCUCCGGCUUCGUCCUGUCAAGAUCAUGCUCGGAAACUCGACGAUAAUCGUUCUCUGGUUUCUUCCCGUCAAGAUCACGCUCGGAAACACGACGAUAAUCGUUCUCUGGUACCUUCCCAUCAAGAUCACCCUCGGAAACACGAUGAUAAUCGUUCUCCGGUACCUUCCCAUGAAGAUCACGCUUGGAAACAUGACGAUAAGCGCUUUCCAGCUCCUUCCCGUCGAGAUCAUGGUUUGAAACACGACGGUAGUCAUUCUCCGGCUUCAUCCCGUCAAGAUCACGGUCCAAAACACGACGAUAAUCGUUCUCCAGCUCCUGGCCGUCAAGAUCAAGCUCGGAAACAUGACGAUAAAUGUUCUCCUGCUCAUGAAACUAUGCAUUUGGAAGUAUUUGACCAACAUUUGGAGAGGAGGUACAACUCUCCCACUGCGGAAUUGGGUAAUAGCUUUCAGAAUGAUGCUGGGCCAUCGUUUGACCACCGUUUGGAGCGGAGGUACAACUCGAUCACUGAUGAGUCGACUUUUAGUUUUCAGAAUGAUCUUGACCAGCAUUUAGAGAGGAGGUACGGCUCGACCGCCGAGGAACCGUUUCUGGGAACAACAUAUAGGCGGCUCGAUGGUGCAAAUCUCGCAACCCCUGGCUAUUCAACGAGACUGGACCACAGUCCGUAUCCUGCCUACGAUAGGUUCGCUCGGGGAUCUUAUCUCGAGGAGAUUAAUACAAGGGGUGGUGGUGGCUAUAUGAUGAGUCAUCACGAGAAAGGGUUAACGCGGUAUGGUCCUGCAGAAACCGCACCGUAUAACCGGACUUCCACAUCUACAACGCAGCGGUAUGCACCCAGGCUCGACGAGCUGAACCACACACAAAUUGGACGGCCAGAAUUAGAUGAGUUGAACCACCCGAGGAUGGGUAUGGGCUGGCAGGGACUGGACGAGCUGAACCACCCUAGGAUGGGUAUAGGGCGGCCGGAACUGAACGAGCUGAACCACCCUAGGAUGGGUAUAGGGCGGCCGGAACUGAACGAGCUGAACCACCCUAGGAUGGGUAUAGGGCGGCCGGAACUGAACGAGCUGAACCACCCUAGGAUGAGUAUGGGGCGGGGGGCUGAACCGUCUAUCACUAAUCAGAGGUUGAUGAGUUAUGGUCCAGCCCUGCAUGGACCUGGGUUCCAUACGGAUUCGACGGGAUUUGCCUCUGGUCCGUACCACAGGUAUUCACAACCUGACUCAUCAUCAGGUGGUUGGCUGAAUGAGUGAUCAAAUUUUAUAUAUUGUAUGAAUCUGCAUCGUGAAUUUUUUCAAAAUAAUAAUUUAAAGACGUUGUAUGUUUGUUGUUAAAUAACUUAGUUUUUAUUGGC